AUGGUAUCUAGCGCGACGAGGGUGAUACAAGUCACCAAUAUCGCACCUCAAGCGACGAAGGACCAAAUGCAAACUUUAUUUGGAUAUUUAGGGAAAAUAGACGAUAUUCGAUUGUACCCUACUAUAAGAGACGUGUCCUGUCCAGUACAAUCUCGGAUAUGCUAUGUUAAAUACUAUGAUUCGACAACGGUUAAUGUAGCUCAACAUAUGACAAAUACUGUGUUUAUUGACAGAGCCUUGAUUGUCAUUCCUAUGCAAUCGGGUGAGAUUCCUGAUGAACACAAAGCGUUAGAAAUGUCCAGUAAUGGAACUUUAGUUCCAGGGCUCAGUACAGUAGAACCGCGGUUACCAGCCCACGUUAUUAACACAUUAGAAGGUCUUCCUCCAAACCAAGUUAUUCAGACCUAUGAUCCUAAAAUCGCAGCAGCCGGGUUACCACCUUAUCCUCCUCUACCUGCUGCUUAUGAUUCCCGAAAAAUUGAAGAGAUACGAAGAACUCUUUUAAUUAUAGAUGUGGGUGCGCUUACCCAUCAGCACAUCAUAGACCACUUCUGUCAAGCAGGUGAAGUUAACUACCUACGCUUUUGUGAAAGAGAUGUUGACAAGCUGAAGUAUGCAUUGAUUGAAAUGACUGAACAAGAAAGUGUACCUAAAGCUCUACAGUUAAAUGGAUCCACACUAGAAGGACAAACAAUAAAGGUGCAUCAUGCUACUCAGGCGAUUUCAAAGCCCCAAACGAAGAGUAAUGAAGCUGCCCAACGAGAGAUAGAAGAAGCUAUGUGUCGAGUGAAGGAAGCUCAGAAUCUUAUCUCUGCUGCUAUAGACCCUGUCAUUGGACUUUUGUCUAAAGAUAAAAGAAGAACGCGUUCCCGGUCACGCUCUCGCCGACGGUCUCGGUCCCGCUCGCGACGGUCACGCUCGCGCCACCGCAGCAAGCGUUCGCGCUCGCGCUCACGACAUCGCUCGCGACGCUCGCGCUCUCGGCACAGGCACCGCACUAGGUCACGGUCCCGUCACCGCAGCUCGCGUAGGUCGCGCUCGCGGUCUCGCCAUCGCAGCUCGAGGUCUAAGCGUGACAAGUCUCGCGAUCGAGACCGUAAAGACAAGAAGGAAUCGGGCGACAAAGAUAAACGCGACAAGGAAAAGUCCAAGUCACCACCUAAAGAAGUUGAGAAAGAUGAGAGAGAAGAUCUAAAAGUUGAUAUUGAAGUAGAAACUAAUGGACUAACUUCUGAAACAAAGUCAAAAGCAUCGACACCCGCUGAUGAUAAAGAAAAGCUUGUUGAAGUAGAAAAGGAAAAGGAAGAGAAAAAAGAAAGAUCUCCAUCAAAGAAGAAGGAUAGAUCACGUUCCAGAGACAGAAAGCGAGACCGGUCUCGGUCGAAGCGUCGGUCUCGAUCUAGAUCAAGACGGAAGCGAUCCAGAUCUAAGAGAAGAUCACGAUCUAGAGAGAAGAAGAGAUCUCGAUCCAGGGAGAGAAAGAGAUCAAGAUCCCGCGACAGGAAACGGUCCCGGUCUAGAGACCGGAAGAGAACUAGGUCAAGAGAUAGAAAGCGAUCCCGGUCUAGAGAUAAGAAACGGUCUCGGUCACGUGACCGCAAACGCUCGCGCUCACAAAGCCGGAGGUCCAAGAGUCGAUCGCACAGAGAUUCCAAAACUCCCCACGAAAGGAAAUCCCGAGACAGAUCUCCCAAUUUAUCGACCGUUAUUGAAGAAAAAAUUAAUGCAGUGAUCGAGAAAACCCUUGACAUGUCGGAUGAAAAGAAUUCUCCGGAUAAUAUGGACAUUUCUAAUUCCCCA